GUUCCUUCGCUCAUUCAAAUCUCCCUCCCGCCCUUCCUCCUCUGUUAGGAAGGGAAGGGUGCCAUCUUGUAUUCCUUCCUCUUCAAGCUAUUCCUGGGAGAAGUGCUGGGUGGGCAGCUGUGCCCCCUCACAAGAAAUGGCCCACAGUCCGCUGCCUAAGGCAGCCUGCUUCACCCUGCUUCAUGGUGGGGCUGGCCUUGCACGCACAAUGUCAUAAGAAAAGUAUGAAGGACAAGGUUAUUGGAAAUAAGGAGGAAAGAAAUAAUGAAGUUUUAUGGCUUUUUGCUCCUAUGGAGUCUGCUGAGCUGGGGCCUUGACGCUAACCCUGGAAUCAAAUUGAAGAUCACGCUGACCGGGCUGGACUGUGGAAAGCAGUUUGGUAUAGAGUUUCUGCAGCAACAAUUAAAGGAAGCAAUAUUUGAGGACAUAAGAGGCCAGGAGUCAACUGGGCUUGGUAAACUUGACUACACCGUGUCAAGGCUAAAAGUUAUCAAUAUUGAUUUCCCAAAUACAUCAGUGACUCUUAUACCUGGGUUUGGGAUUAACCUAUUGUUUGAAGAUGCUACAGCAGCUGUUACCGCAGACUGGAAAAUAAAGUCCUGGAUGUUCACACGCUCCGGAAGCGUUAGCAUCAACAUUUCAAGAGUAUUGAUCUCAGCCAUUGCUGUAGUGUCACGUGAUGAUGAUACAGGUCACCCAUCACUGCAGUUCGCAAGCUGCCAGGCAAACAUUCGUGUUCUUAACAUCAAGAUGGAUGGGCAAACCAGCUGGUUUAUUAAACUCUUUUCUGGUUAUCUGGAGAAGUCCAUCCGUAAUGUCUUGAAUGGAAAUUUGUGUCAAUAUAUCAGUGAUGAGAUCCAACGGAUUAACACAAAGUUCAGAGAGUAUCCAGUCCUAACGCAGAUUGAUAAUUUUGCACAAAUAGACAACACUAUGGUGAAAUCUCCAACUAUCUUCGAGACACACAUUAACCUGGAUUUAAAGGGGACAAUCUACCCAGCUGAUAAGAUCUCAGAACCUCCCUUCGAAGCAGCCUCUUUCGUUCUCCCAGACAUAAAUCACUCCAUGCUCUAUAUAGGACUCUCAGAAUAUUUCUUUCAGUCUGCUUCAGUAGCCUAUUACACUUCUGGGGCCUUCAAUGUCUCUACUGGAGAGAAACUUUCCUCUUACUUCAACUUUACUACAGAUACCUUUGGCAGCAUUAUUCCCACUAUUGCCGAGCGUUAUGCAGAACCAUAUCCGGUAAUGAUGAAUCUAUUAGCGACUGCUGCGCCUGUGAUCACUUUGCAUAGAGGCAGAUUCAAUCUUGAGUUUAUUGGUUCCAUGGAGGUGCUGGCUGUUCUACCAAACUCAACUGCCCAGUCCCUGUUCAUCUUGAAGAUAACAGCCGAUACUCAUACCAGUCUGACCAUAUUUGAAGAUGAGCUAAUACCUACUAUAUGUCUGGACAGUUUCCAGCUCUCCUUGGCUAACUCUAAUGUGGGCAUCUUCAGAGUUUCACUUUUGGAGAAUCUCUUGACUUAUGUUUUACAAAAUGGAGUAAUUCCAGCAGUCAAUGCCAAACUGAAGGAUGGAUUUCCUUUACCUUAUAUGGAUAAACUUUCACUAGUAGAACCUGCUGUUAAAAUCCAUAAGGGCUACUUGUUGAUUUCCACUGACAUCAGCUUCGACCAUAAAGCAAGAGAACAUUUGGAAUCGUCAGAAAGAUUGUGAUCUAGUAGUAAUCAAACCCAGGAGAAGACACCCUUUUCCUCCUAAAUGAAUCAAAUCUCAAGACUGCUUCUCUUCAGAUUAAGAAGGGAAGACUCAACAGGAAGGAAAGAAAUCAUUACUGGAGAACUUGCAACAAUGCUCCAACCAGUUGUUUAGAAGUUUAUUGCAAACCAGUUGGUGACCCUCUCCCUCUUGGAGAGGGAAGCAGCCUUAAACUGGAAGUAGCAGGCCAGCAUGACAGAUUACAUUAUACAUUAAUGUAGUGUAUAAUGUAUAAUCUGCACAUUAUAAAACCAGGAAUGCAAUAGCAAGAAAAAAUGAAUUGUAACUACUUGGUAAUGCUGCGGAUCAAUAUUCCUAGCAAGACGAUGAUGCAGACAUGUAUCUUGAUGCUCCAGGUGGGGGCUGUAACAAGAUCUGAGAGCAGCAGCAGUAUACAAAGUUAUAAGGGUGUUACCCAGGGCUGCUGCUUGUAACAUGCUAGCCUCCAAACCAUUCUGUACAGUGGAUUAAUGGGAAAGUCCCAGAGCCUUCCUGCAAUGCCUCUGCUCAUAAGAGUGCUCCAUGUGCUUUCUUCAGCAUUUUAGUUGUCUCUGAAAGCAUCAGCAUCGGAAGUUGUCCCGGAAAAAGCAGAGCUAAUGUAGAAAGGAAAACUCACAUCUGUCUCAUUCUUCUGGAGAUACAGAUCAUGCUUUCCCUGCUAGCCUUCUGAUCACUCUCCAUCUUCGGUGGGGAUUAAACCUUUAUUUAAUUCCUUGGGUGAGAGCUGCUACGGCUCUCAAAACUGUUUGCAAGCCCCAGCAUCUGAAUGUUAGAAGCUGGAGGCUUAGCAUGAUACCAGCAGGGGGGGUGGGGGGAGAAGCACCCGUGUGUGAUGGUAUUCCACGCAACUGAUGUUUCCUUCAAGUUAGGCCCUUUUAUCACUGCUAGGCCAUUUAUCAACAUGGCGACAACAGUGAGUGCAGUACACGCCCAGGUCAUAAUUCUGUAGGAUGCUAACAAUCAGAGGAGUGCUUAUCCCUGGACUUCCAGGUCAAAGUCCAGGGCCUCCACACCACCUGGCCUGAGGCCUAGGGUUACCAACAUUUCAUUGCCAGAAUGAGGGACACAGGUUUGAGGGGGCUGGCUGGGAGGUGUAUGCAGUGGUAAUCAAGAGCCUGAGUAUUAUUGAAGUAUAUGUAAUUGAAUUAUAUGCUAAUAAUAAUAAUAAUAAUUAAUAAUAAUUCGAUUUCUAUACCGCCCUUCCAAAAAUGGCUCAGGGCGGUUUACAAAGAGAAAUAACAAACAAAUAAGAUGGCUCCCUGUCCCCAAAGGGCUCACAUUCUAAAAAGAAACAUAAGACACACACCAGCAACAGUCACUGGAAGUACUGUGCUGGGGGUGGAUAGGGCCAGUUACUCUCCCCCUGCUAAAUAAAGAGAAUCACCACGGUAAAAGGUGCCUCUUUGCCCAGUUAGCAGGGGAAUAAAUGAGGGACAAAUGCUGUCCCUAUAGGGACCAACAUUUCAUCCCUGAAAUGAGGGACAUCCUGCAUAAUGAGGGACAGUUGGCAACCCUACACGAGGCCCCCCCGAUUCUCUUUAGUCAGUCCCAGGUGGUGUGAUCGUCCUGCCGCCAGCCCGCACUGCACCAGACAGCCAGACAUGACUGACCUGCAACGGGCAGCCAAGCGUG